GUUGCUUGUUUUCUCUCAUCGUCCGUCCGUCCCUCACUCGUUCGCUCGCUCGCUCGCUCGCUCCCUGUGAGUCUCUGCGGCUUUGCUCGACUCAGUCAGUAGUGAGUUGCAUUCGGCGCAGCAGCUGUCUGCGCUUGUGUUCGUUAGCCCGCAUCCACGUCGAUUCGUUCUGCUCUGGCUUUGUGCUCCUUACAGAGGCGGUGCACUUUUUCCUGAUUGCCGUGGUCUCAUCCGGAGGGCGGGGAGGGAGGCAUUCAGAGGCGGUGCUCGGGGCUGAGUCCAUUAUGUUCUCGUCAUUCUCGUCGUGGUCGUGCGCAGAGGCGGAGCCAGUCAGAAGUCGUCGGGCUGUGGGUCGAGUCCAUUACGUAUGCACUGGGUGCAGAGGAGGUCCGGACACUUGAGGAGCGACGUUGGAGAAUUAAGCUGGCAGUGUGUCAAUCUUUGGCGCAUGCUCGAAGGCGGGGCGGUGCAGUAUUGCGAUUGGACCUGUGAGUCCGGACUGUGGAGCAGCGGCAGGGCUCAGAGAUGCCAAGGAGUGCAGCGGGAGUCGUUACAUGAUAGAAGUGAGCUGUGUUUCUGAAGGGCGAAGGAGGAUGAAGCGGUCAAGGGAGGAAGGGGCUUCGGCCCCGCAGGUGAAGCGCGUGGCAGGGUACAGAGGAGAAACGGCGACAUCUGAUGCAUCCCUGCCAACAUCGAACAACAACAUCCCUCAACCGCGCCUGACGACGGACGAUGCUCUUGCAUAUCUGAAGGCGGUGAAAGAUAUGUUCAAGGAUGACAAAGAUAAGUACGACGAAUUUCUGGAGGUGAUGAAAGAUUUCAAGGCGCAACGAAUUGAUACGGCGGGCGUGAUUAUUCGGGUUAAGGAUCUUUUCAAGGGCCACCGAGAACUCAUUCUCGGGUUCAACACAUUUCUACCCAAGGGUUAUGAGAUUACGAUUGCAGAGGAGGUCCUGGAGCCUCCGCCCCCCAAGCCUCAGAAGCAGCCGGUGGAAUUUGAUCAGGCCAUCAACUAUGUCAACAAGAUCAAGACACGCUUUUCAACGGAUGAGCACGUGUACAAGGCGUUUCUGGAGAUUUUGAAUAUGUACCGAAAAGGCAAUAAGUCAAUCAGUGAAGUGUAUCAAGAGGUCGCGACGCUGUUCAGUGAGCACGCAGACCUGCUGGAGGAGUUCACGUACUUCCUGCCAGAUUCUUCUGGCGCACCUGUCGGGCCUCUGCGGCCCACUCACUCGAACAUUCGUGGCGCCGUCGAGAAAGCUUCCGGAUUGAUUCAAGGCCGCCAGAUACACGCGGAGAGGGUAGUUAAGAGGGAAAAGAUUGGCUCCUACGGAGACCGCGAUCGAGGAUCUGACAGGCAUGGAGAUGGGGUUCCGGAACGGUUAUCGUCGAAGGUGGAGAAGGAGCAGCGGAAGAAGUCGGACAAGGAGAAGAAAGACGAUUUUGAUCGACGAGAGAAGGAUAAGGACAAGGCGGCCAAAGAUCUCGACGACGGAAAAGAAAAGGAUUUGGACGCCUCGCAGCGGCUCCCCCACAAGCGCAAGUCCGCCCGGCGAGCUGACGAGUUGAUUCGUAAGCAAUCUCAGGCCGCCGAGGGCGGCGAGGCCCUGCAGGGAUUGUCGGCAUCGCCUCUGGUCGACGACGACAAGAAGUCGCUCAAGAGCUCGAGCCUGCAGAAGGAGCAGCUUGCGUUCUUCGACAAGGUGAAGGGCAGAUUGCGCAACCGCGACACCUACCAGGAGUUUCUGAAAUGUCUCAACAUUUUCAGCCAGGAGAUUAUCAGCCGCACCGAGCUGCAGAGCCUGGUGGCCGACAUUUUAGGAAAGCAUUCAGAUCUUAUGGAUGGCUUCAACGACUUUCUUUCGCGUCGGGAAAAUCUUGAGGGCUACCUCGCCGGCGUGUUCAGCAGCAAAAAGCUCGACUUCGGCGAAGGCACAAUGCUCAAGCCGCCCAAGGUCGAGAAGGACAAGGAGCGCGAGCGCGACCGCAAAGAGAGGGAUGGCGAGACGCCCAUGAACGAGCCAGAGCAUGAGCGCGAGAAGGACCGAGAUCGAAGCGCCUUCCUGGGCCCCAAGGACCCGACAUGCCAGAAGGCCUCGUCCAUGUUCAACAAGGAAAAGUACUCGAACAAGCCCAUCUCCGAGCUCGACCUGUCCAAUUGCGAGCGCUGCACGCCGAGCUACCGCCUGUUGCCCAAAAGCUACCCCAAGCCCAUUUCCACGCAUCGGACCGACCUGGCACGUGAGGUUUUGAACGAUAGCUGGGUCUCGGUGACAUCCGGGAGCGAAGAUUACUCGUUCAAGCACAUGCGGAAGAACCAGUACGAGGAGAGCCUCUUCCGCUGCGAGGACGACCGCUUCGAAUUGGACAUGCUUCUUGAAUCCACCAAUGUGACGGCCCGGCGGGUGACAGAAUUGCUCGACACUCUGCAGGAUCCCAGUUUGAGCAAGCUCAACUUGCCGCACGUGGAGGAUCACUUGACGCCCAUAAACCUUCGCUGCAUCGAGCGGAUUUAUGGCGACCACGGCCUGGACGUCGUUGACCUGGUACGGAAGAAUUCCUCUGUGGCUCUGCCCGUCAUCCUCAACCGGCUGAAGCAGAAGCAGGACGACUGGUCAAGGUGUCGGACUGACAUGAACAAGGUCUGGGCCGAGGUUUAUGCUAAGAACUACCAUAAGUCGCUGGAUCAUCGCAGCUUCUACUUCAAGCAGCAGGACAAGAAGAGCCUGAGCACCAAGGCCCUGAUCACCGAAAUCAAGGAGAUCAGCGAGAAGAAGAGGAGGGAGGACGAUUCGGCUGUGGCCGUGGCCUCGGGCAAUCGGCGGCCCCUGAUUCCCGACCUCAAGUUCGUUUACUCGGAUCCCACCAUCCACGAGGAUGUGUUCAAGAUAAUUAAGUACUCUUUGGAGGAGGUGUGCAACUCUCCGGACCAGUCCCAGAAGAUUUUGCGAAUGUGGACGGACGUCAUCGAGCCUUUCUUCUCUGUGGCUCGACGUGCUCAGGGAGUCGACGACAGACUCGACGCGGCCAAGAGUCAGACUCUGGCCGCCACCAAGGGCAGCUCGGCCGAUGGCGCCGAGGUGUCGGGCAACUACGGCGAGGCCCGGGAGCCCGAGAAGGCGGCGUUGCAGGACGGGAAGGCUGGCGAGCCCGAGGGCUCGGUGGCCUCCGCCAACGCUCUGGGGUUGGGGAAAUCCGGCUCCUCCUUCUCGGCCUCGGCUCCCAAGCUGACGCCCAUGUCCGUGGACGAGAGUGCCGACCCGGGGCCUGCCAGGCGUUCCUCGACGGCGGCCGACGAGCUGGAGUUCGGGUCCGUGGAGAAGGCCGGCGAGGUGAAGGCCAACCACAGGAGCCGGCCUCUGCUCAUCAGCAAAAACAGCAGCGGCGGCCAUCUGGAGAUCUCCACUCGAGGCGACCGCGAGGAGGGCGAAUUGUCGCCGUCGCCCGAUCUGGAGGACCGGGGCACCUCGCAAUUCAUGCACAAUCACUCCACCUUUGCAGACAAGUACAAGCUCCGGGAUGGCCUGGACGGGGCUGUCAUGAGCAAGUCGAUCUGCCCUCAGCUGGAGAUCGAGGAGUCCGAGGGCAACGACCCGGACGUCGAAGGCGAUGCCGAUGAUGAAGGGGAGGAGAGUGCGAGCGAGAAUCUGUCUGACGACGUCGAUCUCUCUGGCAACGAGUCCCACGAUGCGGAUGAUGGUUCUCAGGACGACCACGAGGACGAGGACGAUGAUGAAGAUGCCGAGCGUGAAGGCAAGGCCGAGAGCGAGGGUGAGGCCGAUGGAGACGGGGAUGAUAACGACGGGGAACGGGAUAGAAUGUCAUCUCCUCCUUUGGACAUGUCAUAUUCCGAAUGCCCCCCUCUGGCUCCUUACUUGGAUACCGACGACAUUCCCAGAUUGGGCUCGCAGAACUGCAACGUCUUCUACGGAAAUGACAAUGCUUAUGUGAUCUUCAGACUCCAUCAGACUCUGUACGAGCGUAUUUUGUGUGCUAAAACGAAUGCUAUCGCUGCCGAGAGGAAGUGGAAGUCCAUCAAGGAUACAGCUCCUCCUAAUCUGUAUGCCAAGUUUCAAAAGGUGUUGUUGAACCUCCUGGACGGGUCCACUGACAACGCUAAGUUUGAGGAUGAAUGCCGGACCAUCAUUGGGACCCAGUCCUACAUUCUUUUUACUCUAGAUAAGCUAAUAUUCAAGCUUGUAAAGCAGCUGCAGGCAGCUAUAUCAGACGAUGUUUUGCAGAAGAUGUUGGUUCUUCAUACGUACGAAAUGUCCCGGCCGCCGGGGCUGUUCAUUGAUCAUGUAUACUUCGCAAAUGCCAGCGUGCUCCUGCACGAUGACAACAUCUACCGGUUCGAGUACAACGUAAAGUCCACGGAGUGCUUGAUGCAGAUCAUGGAGGGAGGUUUUGACAAGCACGACGUGCCUGCCAACGCUUUGGAGUCCUCGUUUUCUACGUACCUCAAUAAUUUUCUGCACAUACCCAUAGAAGAGAAGGUUUUCCAUCAUCGCAUAUUUCUUGCUAGAAAUAAGAGCAAAGUGGUAGGCACCGAUGACGAGUGCGUAGCUCUGCAGAAGAAGAUGGUGAACGCCACUGUCGUCAAUGGCUUGGAAUACAAGAUUUCUUGUAACACAUCCAAAGUCUCGUACGUGCUGGAUACUGAGGACUUCUUUAGACGGAACUUAUUUAAAGGGGGCUACAACUCGAGAAGACGGACUAGGGCGGAAGCCGAUUUGGAAGCUGAGCAAGAUCGACAACGGCGGAGGAUUCGCUUCUGCAAGUGGUUUGAACAGUCUUCAAACUCUAUUCAAGAGAAGUAACAAUUUUUUUAUUUUUGUUACGUCUUAUAUUUGUUUUUUGCCCCAGCAAUUCUCCUUCAGAGAGAUUCAAGGUUGUGAAGUAUUGUCAUGAUCUUCAUGAUACUCAAGAUUAGUACGUAGCUAAUUCAAGUUUCUUAUUCUUUAGGCGUUUUCCCCUUCCAGUCUGGGAUUCCAGAACCUGCUCACAGAGCCUACCCUGCACGCAACCCCAACAUUGCAAUUGUAAAUUCAGAGCUUAUUUGCUGGAGGUUUUCUGUUGUCUCAGUGAAAAUUCAGGUUAAGAGCGAGUAGAAGCUAUCAAACUGAUUAGUUGCAAGAGCUGUAAGAUUAUCCCAAAGUUGGAUUCAUGUAGGUGUUGGUUGAGGAUCCAACUUGCGAAUCUGUUUUUCUGACUUCUUACCUUACAGUCGCUAUCAAUCUGAUUAGUUGCAGGAUUGUAAGACCAUCCCGGAAGUUGGAUUCAUGUAGAUUUUUGUUGGGAAUCCAACUUGCGAUCUGUCUUUCUCUAACUUCCUGACCUUACACUUUUAGACGGGGGUCGCUGUAGGUUACCCUUUCCCAUUUAAAGAUGUACUUUCGAUUCUUGUAAAUUAGUUGCAUAUUCUGACUUGGUAUCCCAA